GCCAAUGCCAUCCGCGACUAUGAGUACCUGAGCGGACUGGUGCCAGCCACGGCCUACCAGGCUCAGAACCAACGUCUCGACAUUGAGCAGGGCUUCAUCGAGGUGGGAGACGUGUCUGACGACCCCGGGGCUUAUCGUCGACUUCCCGACAGGUCAAUCCUGGCCAGCGAUCCGCUCCGCGACGUCUUGAAGGCCGUCCUGCCCAAGAACCUCACUUACACCAAGCGCGAGAUACACCGCCACACAUCCGAGUACCUCAAGGGCCUGCCACCCACGGAAGUCUCGCCGUUUGUGGACAGGAUGGCGAGGUUCAUCGUUGCGUUUAUAGGCGGUGCUGCGCUUCUUGUGCCGAUGCUGAUUAUGAGGCUGCCUCGCGCUACACUGGCCAAGAGCUUGGUCACCGUGGCGUCGAACACAGAGACGAUGAUUUCGACGGCGACAUAUGCGGCUGUCUUGGUUGUGUUUGUGGGAACGACUUCAUGA